AUGGCACCUCGGCCGAGACCUUCCAGGAGGUCUUCGCUUGCAAGACGUUCUCAAAUAAGACGUUCUGGCAUUUAUGGAAGUGUCGCCAGACCUUCUGUUCGGGGAGACAGUAUAAAAGAGCCAGCCAGUACUGUUACUCAGGAGACGAUCUUGGAAACAAUUGGUGAUUUCUCGGAAGCCAGAUCAUCUACCACAACAGUUGCUUCAACGAUAAAAGGAACUUCGUUGAACCAGACACGCUCCCGAGCUUCUACACAUGUUUCCUCAAUAUCUGGUACUACAAUCGAGGGAUCUUCGAGUCCCACACGAGAGCAGAAGGAGGCCCAAAAAAAGGCAAUUAGAGAGGCACGCAAGAUUAAUUCCAAUCUGGACCCGCAAUUUGCGUACCUUCCAAAAGGGCUCAACAAUAAAAUCAAGGAGAGAGACCCGUUAAAAGCGAAACUGAGGAGAUUAUUUAGACCCAAGAAAAAGAAGGUUCAUAAACCGUUGGACCGAAGUCAGCCAGUGCCGACCCCAAGACUAGGCUACAGAUCUGAUCGCCCCACACCAGCGCCAGCGCGGUACAUCCCGCCUAUUGCACCUGCUAGGGGUUUGGAUGGGAAGAUAGAACUAGACAAAACGGGAGCAAGCUUGGGAGGCGACUUUCAAGCACUAGCAGAGACAGAAAAGGAGCGAGUGAAGCACAUCGAACAGGUACAGGCGCAACACGAACUCAGGAAGGCAACUGAACAGAGAUUGAGGUUGGAGGGAAGACAGCAGUUCUCUGACCAAAGAAUUGGCAGAGCACCUCCCAUCACUCGAAAGGCGCGCCUCGAGCCUGUAUUGCAACGACAAUUGAGGACCACUACCAAGUCUGCACUUCUCAACGUUACUGCAAUUCCGACCAUCCCUGAGGUGAGCGCUCAAGAAGUUUUGCCCACAGAACAAGCAAGACCACAUAUUUGGAACCAUGCUUUUGAAAAUUUGACGCAGAGCCCUCGACUGAAUGACAGCAACGAAACUUUGAAAGAAGAGACAUUGAGCCAGACCACGCCUCAUUCGUCAGAGGAAAUUCUGUCAUCCAUGAAACCGAUGCACUCAAGCAAGCCAACCUCCUCAAAAAAGCCGCGUCGAAAGCUGUCGGUCACGUUUGCGGAAUCAGUUGAAUCAUUUACCAUUACAAGCACAGACUAUGAUAUUUCGAUUACUCCAGAGCUUGACAGUAACGAUACUGAUUGCAAUAUUGUAACAACGGGCACUAUGAUUGAUUCCGACCACUCAUAUGCAUCUCAAAUUGGCUCUACCAAUCAUUUAAUACAUAGGAGUUCGCCCAUAGGGCACUCAAGGACAAGGUCCAAAAGAUCAGCCAUUCAUUUUGAAGAUGGUAUCCAGGAGUUGGUGGAUGCUGAAAUCAGAGAGGUGGAAAUGGCAAAAGUUCAAAUGAAGGAUAAUUCAUUGCAAGGCCAGCUUACAGCCCCCCAUAAAGAUAAAACCAUAGCAAUUGAGAGCUCUGAGGGUAUUGUUCAAAGUACUUCUAGCCAGACAAGCUCUUUGAACGACUUGUCAACUGUUCCUUUUGAGGAUGGUGUGAAUGAGGAUAGUGUGAAAGAAGAUAACCUGGAGGCUAGAGGCUCGGCGUCGUUGCUGCGUAUAGGAAAUUUGCUUAAACAAGCUAGCUUAGCAAGAGAUCCUCGAGGAAUAGAUUCCCGCACUGCCUCUUAUGAUACAACCACUAACUUUUUACUUGUAUCCAAUACACCAACACCACCAGUCCCCACAAAGUCAAUUCUGCGACAAAUUUCUCAACCCCAUUUAUUUUCUGGUCCAGUCAACAAUACUUUAGUCCUCAAUACUCCAAUCAACAGUACUCCAUUUACCAUUGCCAAAGAUCUUUCUGAGGUUAAAAGGCUCAAGGAGCUACAUGAAGAGAAAAUGAAGUUUCUGAAAAAGAAAAAACAUGAACAUCGCCAGACCAUGGAUGCUUUGAAAGACCCUGGUCCUGGUCCUACUUCAAACCCAUUGUCCAAAGCACGAUCCAAAAUAUCCACUUUGUUUGGUAGCUCGAAAACAUCAAAAGAGGUACCAGAAGAGAGAGGGGAGGAAGAAGUAGAGGAAGAAGGAGAGGCGGAAUUAAAAGAGGAAGAGGAAAAGGUUUUGUUCAAUGUUGUUUCAAAAUUUGAGGACCAAGAUACUUUGACUCAGAAGGCAGUUGACAAUUACGAACGUCACGACAAUCCUCACUGGAAAAAGAGAGAAAGUUACACUGGCUCAUUCAAUUCUCAUUACGAGGAAAUACGAGAUAGCCAUACACCAAAUACCCAAAAGGAGAAUCAUAAGUCAAGCUCAUACCUUGACAAACUUACACCUUCACAAAGGUUCUAUUACGAUUGGAGCCUUCGAAAUUACUCAGAAGAAUACCUCGCUACAGAGACUCACGAGGAAUUUCUAGAGCGUGCCUCGAAAGAAGAGGAACAAUCAAAUCGGGCAAACGAAGCUGUAUUGGCUGCAUAUCAACUUGUCUUGGGGGAAUUUGAUGAAGAGUUUGGUCACCAAGACCGUGCGAAUUCUCACGUGACAAGUGGCGCACUGCCACUUUCUGCCGAGGAACGUGUCUCUGAUUUACCCAAUCCUCCAGCGAAGGCUUCUGCAAACGCCGAAGCUUCUACUUCUAGGAGAUCCAAAGUCUCAAAGGAACUUCCUCCUUCGCUUUCUUACGCGGGCUCUCGUGAAUCGUCGACAAAAGAGCAAGAACGGUUGAUUUCGACCCCACAGACUUCCCAGCCUCAACCAACCUCCACCACAUCCAAUUCUUCAGCUACAAGAUACAAUCUUUCUGGUGGUAAAUCUAACCUCCGCGAAUCGCAAAAUUCAGUUGGGUAUAAAGAUCGAAAACCGUCUCCAUCCAGUCAUCAAAGACCAAAAGCUGCGAAAAGCCAAGAUUUUGGUGAAGUUGGCCGACCCUCAAACAGACAAUUCACUGCGCCUCAACGAAUUGAAGCUGCUCCAAGUCGCCUUUCACAACGAGUCUCAUCAAACACUUUAGACAGUAGACAAUUAUCUAGGGAAGAACCAAGUAAUUGGAUCAGUUCUGAUACGCUUCUUGAACUGCCUGACGAAGAGGGUGAUCCAGAGUUUGCCCUUCGUGCAUAUUUCGAAAUCCUCAAUUCCGAGAAACCUCCUCAGAAGAAGACUGCAAUUACGCAAGGAGCUGAAUUGAACAAAGAUUCGGUAUUGCAAGCUACACUUACAAGCAGGCUUACAACGCGUCACCCAGAUCCUUACCCUGUACCCACUGUCGAAGUAGCCGAAGCACGCAAAUCUCUUCGGGAAUCUCAAGCUGUCCAAGAGUCCCAAGCUGUUCAAGCAUCUCAAGCUGUUCAAGAAUCUCAACCUCCUCCAGUUCAAUCUCAGGAAGAUCAAAAGCAGGCUAAAAUUGCACGCGCGCUUUCAAGACGUCGACCGGAUCCUAAUCCAAAAGAAACCGCUCGCCUCAGGUACCUUAUCCUGAGUACCAGAAAUAGGAAUACUCUUGAAGAAGAAGAAUUCAAAGCUCUUUGUGCAGCACGCGAUCCAGAGGGUAAUCUUCGUCAGCAGCCUGAGUCCGACGAAAAUCAAACUUCAGUCCCUGCCAUUGAAAGUCGCAUCUCACGCAGCCAACUUGCACGUCGACCAGAUCAUAAUCCAGAAGAUACCGCUCAAAUCAAACGAGUAUUUCAGGGAUCCAAAGAAACUUUCAAAGGGAACGAAGCACGCCAAGCUACCAAGGAAUUGCAAGUACCUGCUGCUUCUACAUUCGAACCUGCUAGAGGACUGCAAGCUCCUACUGCACUCAAUCCCAACAGAGAAUUGCAUGCUCUUGCUGUACCCGGUUCUGUCGAACGUGAUAGAUUGUUUGUGGAUAGAGCUCGACAACAUACGUACGAGCUGCAAAGUAACCGCAACAUUUCCACCGGCUCUCCAGUAUCCAGAGGUGCACGUACUUUCGGCUUUGAUUCCUUACUUAACGCUCCCGAGCGAAGUCUCACCACUCCUGUAGGUCAACUAGCAUAUCGUUCACAAUUACCUCAACCUGGAGGUAGCAGAGCACAGAGAUCUCCUUCUGGCUUGCGGACUCCACAGAACUGGUCGCAAAAUAGCUCGCCAACGAACCAAGAGUCACUUACAAACUCGCGCCUUCGACAACCAUCUUCUUCGAGUCGGCAGUCAAGUACUGGAUCCCACAGCUCACAGAAUACAUCAGUUACAUCAAGACAAUCCACUUCUGUGCCACGCAGCAGUUCGCAAACAACCGCAAGCAGACAAGGAAGCUCCUCUGGUUCUCGUAUUCCGGUUCCAGGAAUAAACGUUACGCCUGGAAGUCCAAUCCUACCACCGAGCAACCUUUCUUUUUUAGGCGUUAGCCUCAUAGCUUUAGGAGCCCAUUUCGCCGAAAUGGACAAACUCCAGGUCAGAAUCACCGAAUCACUUUCGGUCAAGGCCAAGGCUAUUGAGGAUGCUCGGCAAAUGCAAGCUUCAGUUAUUGAAGCCGCAAUCAAAGCAAGUAAAGAACCACCAAAGUACGCGUUAGUAGAAUUAAUUGGAAAAGGAAGUUUUGGGCGUGUUUAUAAAGGAAAGGAUAUGGUAUCGGCUGCCAUCGUGGCUGUGAAGAUCAUCGACAUUGAGGAGAGUGAUACGAUCAACCCAAAGAAUGCCAAUUCCUAUGCCGAAUUCUUAAAAGAAAUUACCGCUCUGAAGACUUUAAGUGAAAAUAAAGCCCGGAACAUCAAUCAUGUCAUUGAGGCUUUGCCCGUUGGCCAAGCCAUGUGGAUGAUUACAGAAUAUUGUGGUGGAGGAAGUGUUGCUACUCUGAUGAAGCCUACCGCUCCUGGUGGCUUGCAAGAGAAAUGGAUUGUACCAAUUCUUCGUGAGGUUGCCGAAGCUAUAAAAUGGGUACACGGGGUUGGUAUCAUACAUCGAGAUAUCAAAUGUGCGAAUGUCCUUAUUACUGAGGAAGGAGCAGUUCAACUCUGCGACUUUGGUGUUGCUGGAACUAUGGAGACAAAGGUUGAUAAGAGAUCUACCGUUAUUGGCACACCCCAUUGGAUGGCACCAGAGUUGUUUGAUGCUGUCCCCAGCUAUGGCAAAGAAGUUGAUAUUUGGGCUUUCGGAUGUAUGGUCUAUGAAAUCGCCACUGGUCUUCCGCCUAAUGCCAUGAGUCGACUUCCUUUCGAUCGUCUUGGUUCCCUUAUAAAACAACAUGCUCCGCGACUUGAAGGAGGGGAUUAUUCUGACGAUUUACGAGAUCUUGUAGCAUUUUGUUUGGAAGAAUUUCCAAGCGAACGUCCUUCAAUUGACCGAGUUCAAAAUCAUCGCUACCUUCUCAACACUAGUACAAAAUACCCUAUGUCUUCACUAUCUCAUCUCGUUAGAGCAUUCAAGUUGUGGGAGGAUCACGGAGGAAGCAGAAAAUCACUGUUUAUGUUGGGUGGUGCGCAAGCACCUUCGGAGUUCUCUUCAAUGGUAUUGUCUGACGAUGAAUGGAAUUUCAGUACUACCGCCGCUUUCGAACAAGAAGUUAGACGCGAAUCAACUGCUCAAGAUGUCUACGAUGUUUAUGGCUCAGGUGUUGAUUUUGAUGCUGGUUUUCCUCAAGAGACUGCACGUCCACCACGACAAAAGGGACGACGUCGACCUCCGCCAGAAGCAUUAGCACCACAUCGUGGUCCGCUGGAAAAGAUAUUCGAUCCAAAUACUCUUUCAAGCUAUGAAGAUAACAGUAGGAAUCACUAUGGCCGACCAUUUCAACCACCAGCUUCAGACUUACCGCCCGUGCCAUCUCGUUCGGACUUGCCUUUACGUGAUGAUACUGCACAAACAUCUAUCAGAGAUACAAUGAUUGAUCUCGGAGGACACGAUGUAGAAACUGGUAUAUCUGUAUUCCCGGAUAUGGAUACUAUCAAGGCUGGGAGACGUGUACGAGAAGAAGUCGAUGAAGAUUAUAUGACAACAUUACCUGAUUUCAGUCGACCAGCACUUAGCGAUCCAGCCGAUAUCAAUCCCAAUCGUCUUACUCAAGACUGGAAAUUUCCUUCGAUGGUACCGCCUGCAUCAGCAGACCCAGAAGUCUCCAGGUUUCCUUCAACUUAUGAGGUGCCAAAGCCAGCUUUUACUCCAGGAGUUGGUGGUCGCCCUGCACUCAUUCAUCAUCCUACUGAGCCUCUAGGUGCAUUUGGUGGCGGUCUUCCUAGUUCAGAACUGUACAACGGAAUGUCACGUGUAUCCGUUCGAGAAUCCCUUAUUGACCUAGAUAUGAGCAUGCCGGAUCCGAUACCUGCUUUCAACCCCGACUUUGGCCGACCUUCGACAGCAGAUUCUGACGCUGUUUCGAUUUUAAGCGAUUCGGGACAAGCCUUAACAUCUUCUACGGUCAACCCAUUUGAACUCGAACGUCAUGCUUCAUUAUAUCAACCUACUUCUCACGAGCGUGAGCCUUCAUUGUACCAACCUACUUCCCACGAGCGUGAGCCUUCAUUGCAUCAACCUACUUCCCAUGAGCGCGAGCCUUCGAUCUAUGUCACUGAAGAAAUGGGAUCUUUCUCGGCUACUGCUCCUUGUCCUGAGAAUUCGCCACGUCCACUUCGCGCUGAUCGACCUCCUCGUCUUCGAACUGGCAAUGCUCUUCGUGAUAUAGCUGAUAUUUCUGAUUUCUCCGACUCAGCCGCUGAGAGCACUCUGGGUUAUAGUACUGAUACCAAUGACACGGAUUCUGACUACGCAACUGCUUCAACGCAACCUACUCCACAAUCCGCACGACCUCGCGACCCAAACGCUCCAUAUACAAUGGCACACUUCCCUAAUCUACCUGCUGCUCCUUCAGUACGUGCAUUAACAGGUGAAGCAGCCCACGAAGAAAUGGCUUUCGAAAUGUCAAGAAUGUUAACUGGUCUAACCGGUCAACUUGAAGCCUUCCGCGACGUCUACGGCUCUGAAGAUCUUGCUCGCAGAUCUAAUCAGCGACGUGAACGAAGAGAUACUGGGGGAAAUGGUGUUUAG